AGGGCGCAGAGCCCUUGGCCAGCCCUGGGGGAAAGGUGACAACCCUGGGAAGGGAAACUAAGGCAGAAACCCACUGGACCUGCUCGAACUUUGCUCCUUUAUCGUGACCCCGGACGCCCCUUUAAGUAGAAUGCACUCCACUUUUUCCCCGGAGCCUCUAGCUGCUGUAGGAGGGAAUCGAAACCACUGCCUGCCAUCCCUCUGGUUCGAUCAGCGUCUAGGCGUUCACAGGUCCUCCCUUCUAGCCACCGUUGCCCCACAAAUUUCACGUCACUUCGGUGACGGGGUGUGUCUUCCUCCGCUCACGGCCCACUUCCGCUCGCUCUUCCAGUUAGUGCUCUAACCUGAGGGAAGCCGCUUCCGGCCUUCCGUGGCGCCUUCAGAAGUUCUCUUCCGGGUGAUGGCGGCCGGGUGCCCCGGAUAUAGCCGUGGCGAAAGCGUCGUUGCUCUUCUUCCCUGAUUAUCCGGGUCCAUUAGCUAGGGGAAGGCCACCUGUGUCCAAUCAUGCCAAAGAGAAAAGUGACCUUUCAAGGCGUGGGAGAUGAGGAGGAUGAAAUCGUUGUUCCCAAGAAGCUGUUGGACCCUGUGGCUGGGGCAGGGGGUCCUGGGAGCCGCUUCAAAGGCAAACACUCUUUGGACAGCGAUGAGGAGGAGGAGGAGGGGUCCAGCAAAUAUGAUAUCUUGGCCUCAGAGGAUGUAGAAGGUCAGGAAGCAGCCACACUCCCAAGUGAGGGAGGUGUGAGGAUCACACCCUUCAAUCUGCAGGAAGAGAUGGAGGAAGGCCACUUUGAUGCUGAUGGCAACUACUAUUUGAACCGGGAUGCUCAGAUCCAAGAUAGCUGGUUGGACAACAUUGACUGGGUGAAGAUCAGGGAACGGGCACCAGAUCAGCGCCUCCUGUCAGACUCAGAAGAGGAGGACAACCUGGGUCGGACACCAAUGAGUGCCCAAGCCCUCCUGGAAGGCCUUCUGGAGCUGUUGUUGCCAAGAGAGACUGUGGCUGGGGCCCUGAGGCGUCUGGGGGCCCGGGGUGGAGGCAGAGGGGGCAUCAGGGGGCCUGGGCGGCCCAAUUCACCCCAGCGUUUAGAGCGGCUUACCGGGUUGGCCGACCAGAUGGUGGCCUGGGGGGAUCUUGGUGUGUAUCAGGAGACAAGGGAACGCUUGGCUAUGCGCCUGAAGGGGUUGGGGUGUCGGACUCAGGGACCCCCUGACCCCACACCUUCACCCUCUCUGGACAUGUUCGCUGAGGAAGUGGCAGAGGGGGAGCUGGAGACCCCAACUCCUGUCCAGAGAGGAGAAGCAGAGUUGUCAGGAGAUGGUCUGGUGGAUGUGAUGUGGGAAUAUAAGUGGGAGAACACAAGUGAUGCUGAGCUGUACGGGCCCUUCACCAGCACCCAGAUGCAGGGCCUCCAGUGUACCUCCCUGGUGACAUCCUGUGAGGCAGAAUCCCUGAAGAUGUCCACAUCCUCACCCUCAGAACCUGUGAAUGAGCCCAAUGUAAUCACGUGUCCUAUAAAGACAGGAAGUCACAAGGGUCAACGUGAGGCAGGUGAAAAUGAUGGUGCUGCUGGCUCUGAAGACAGAGGAAAUGUCCUUGUGCCAAGGAACAAUGGUCUGGAAGCUGGAAGAGGCAAGAAGACAACUAUUCCCAGAGCUUCCACAAAGAAGCAGCCCCGCUGAGGAUUUUAGUCUAGUAUAAACCAUUUUGGACUUCCAACAUCAAAAAGUCUAGUAAAAUUGCUUUGUAAAACAAA